UACUCCAACUUUUUUUCUUUGGUUAAAAAUUUGCAGAAAUGAGAAAAAGAAAAGGAGAAGUAGAUUAAUUUUGGUUUUAUCAUGUUUCUGAGAAGAUUUUGUUGUGUGGAUGAAAUGGGUUUUCUUUGAUGAGUUUCAGGAGUAAUACACAAACAUGGCCGAAGAAAAUGUUGGAAUUGCAAAGGAUGUUACUGAGUUGAUUGGUAAAACUCCAUUGGUGUACUUGAACAAUAUUGUUGAUGGUUGUGUUGGGCGUGUUGCGGCUAAGCUGGAGUCAAUGGAGCCGUGCUCUAGCGUCAAGGAUAGGAUUGGUUAUAGUAUGAUUACAGAUGCUGAAGCACAGGGCCUCAUCACACCUGGACAGAGUGUCCUCAUUGAACCAACGAGUGGCAACACGGGUAUAGGCUUGGCAUUCAUGGCUGCUGCUAAAGGCUACAAGCUCAUUAUCACCAUGCCUUCUUCUAUGAGUCUUGAGCGCAGAAUUAUUCUCCGUGCUUUUGGUGCUGAGUUGGUGCUAACAGAUCCUGCUAAGGGAAUGAAAGGUGCUGUUCAGAAGGCUGAAGAGAUAAGGGAUAAGACACCUAAUUCCUACAUCCUGCAGCAAUUCGAAAACCCUGCCAAUCCUAAGAUACACUAUGAAACCACCGGACCUGAGCUCUGGAAAGGAACGAAUGGAAAAAUUGAUGCGUUUGUUUCCGGGAUUGGUACUGGAGGCACAAUCACUGGUGCAGGAAAGUUUCUUAAAGAACACAACCCUAACAUAAAGCUUUAUGGGGUGGAACCAGUUGAAAGUCCUAUUCUCUCUGGAGGAAAGCCUGGUCCACACAAGAUUCAAGGGAUCGGGGCUGGUUUCAUCCCUGGCGUUUUGGAUGUUAAUCUCAUUGAUGAAGUAAUUCAAGUUUCAAGCGACGAGGCCAUAGAGACUGCGAAGCUUCUUGCAUUGAAAGAGGGGUUGUUGGUGGGAAUAUCAUCUGGCGCUGCUGCUGCUGCUGCUAUUAGGAUUGCAAAGCGGCCUGAAAAUGCUGGAAAACUCAUUGUUGUUAUCUUCCCAAGCUUUGGUGAGCGGUACCUUUCCUCUGUACUCUUUGAAUCUGUCAGACGAGAGGCUGAAAGCAUGACUGUCGAGCCAUGAACAGGUUUUCUGGCUUCACUCAAACAAUGCUAUCGAUACUGCACAGUGCAUUACUGUAUGCAGCAUAAUAUCGUUGGGGGCACAACUUUAGCUUUCUUUAAACAUGGGGUUGGAAUAACGCGAAGCUGAUUUCUCUGUUCACAUAUGUGAAAUUGGGCAGAUUUAUGUCAGUUUGAAUGAUUUUCAUUCGACUUUAUUGUAUGUGGUCUUGCUUUUGUGAAUUCUCCGCAGUUUGACAUUUUUACUUAUACUCUGCUGCCAAGGGCCUGUUUCAUUUCGGUGAAGUUUGAUGCAGUUUCUCUUAUUUAA